GGUCGAAAAUAAACCGGGCAGAGUUCAAUCGGCGUGCGGUUUUCCAUAUAAAAUCCACGUGAAAAUUCCACGAACAAAAAUCUGCUGAACUGUGAAGAUCCACCAGUCGUUUUUCAGUUUCUCACGAAUUAUAAAUAGAAUAAAUCAUCGCAAAAGUUUUUGCUGCGAUUAUUAUGAACAAAGAAAAAUGGGAAUGAAUAAGGGUGGCUGGAAAUUUGAUGAACAAGAGAAAGCUCUCUACAUCGACAUUGACGAAGAGGAUGCAACGGGGGAAGGCAAAGUCUACAGUGCCUGGGACCAAGUGCCAGACAUAAUUUUGGAAGAGAUAUUCUCAUAUUUAACAACUCGAGAACGUUACUAUGCAUCCUUGGUCUGUAGAAGCUGGUACAGAGCUUUUAAAUUACCCAAUGUGUGGUCAAAAUUUACCUUGGAAGAUAUGACACUCACCAGAGGCAAAUAUAAUUACUACAGUGGAUGGCAGUAUGUUUUGGAUCACAUAAGAACCUCAACAUGCCUGAAUAAAGUUGGAAGAAAUUUUCGAUCUCUCACUUUCGAACCAAUGUACAAUUUUUAUAAUCUUUACGAGUUCAUGAACAUGAUUUCUUGGUACAUCGAGAAUCAACAUUCGAAUGAUCCAUCGUUGGCUGGCGUUGGCACUCAAAUUCGGCACUUGAAGUUCACGUUUCCCUGCAAUAUGGCCAACAGCAAUGAUCCAGAGCAAAUUAAGAUCUUUGGGACUGGGGGAAAGCUUCUGGAAGCUGUGAAAAGACUUGCGCAGAAUUUGAAAUGUCUCAGGUAUCUGGAGUUCAUUGACUUGAUGCUGGAUAGCCGGGAAGCUUUGUAUUUUUUGGAUGAAAUAUGCGCCAAUUGCACGGAAACUCUGAGAAAACUUGUACUCAUCAAUGCUACCAAGUUUCAUUGUCCUCUCUUGCAUGUUGGAGUUUUCAUCAAUUUAGAGGUUUUAGUUGUCAGUCCUCAGAAUUUGGAUGAAGAUGUUCUGGAACUGAUUAGCCAUACAAAAUUGGAACAUUUGCAUAUUUUACAAAACCGGUACAGUCCAGCUGAUUCUGUGAUCAAAUUGCCAAGACAUGAAGCAUGGGUCAAAGUCAGGAAGAAUAAUAAAAAAUUGCAAGUUCAUAUUGAAGUUGAGAGUAAAAAGCCGGACAUGACAUUGCCCCUAGAAUUUCCAGAGCACAGUGCAAUUCCGUGCCACAGUAUCAUUAUAACGAAUCCCGUGGUGCAACUGGCGAGAGAGACCAUAAUGGCUCAGGCAAUUAAUUUUCGAUCAACAUUGACGACAUAUGCAAUGCAGGGUUUAUCGAAGUAUUACCUUUCAAGGAAGUUUUCCAAUCGAAUGGAUACCUAUCUCGUCCAACUCUGCAGAAGCUGUCCGCAUAUAAGCACACUGAUGAUUCGAGACAAGAUAUCAACAGCAACGAUCCUCGAAAUAACAUCUGUGGCCAAAUCCCUGAAGUAUUUAUAUGUUCGUCGAAAUGUCGUGUUAAAAAAGUGCGAUAAAGACUGGUCCAUUUUCGCCGACUGGUCAGAGGAGCACGAAAAUUGGAUUAAAUCAAAUUGCCACACCUACGAAGACACAGAACGAGAGGUAUCAAAGAUCUUAGGAUACAGGUGGCACAUGCUGUCUGAAAAAGAAUUCAUCAAUCAAACGAUCAGUCUGCACUACUAACAACGGGAGAAUGAUGUGACUCUGGUCUUCUUGAAUGUACUUUUUCUGGAUUUUUUUUUAUUACAGUUCAAUUAUCGUAUUUAAAUUACAACUAUUACGAAGUGUAAUCAAGUUGAUAAUUUUCAGUUUGCCCACAAAAUAAAUACCCAUGUUUAAAAUUCAACAGCUAAGCUACAUAUCUAGUGUAAAACGUUGCGAUAAGUUGGCUUAUCUUGUAUUUCCUACAUCGUCGAUAUCAGAAUAUACAAUAAUUCCGUGAAUGCUUAUGUUUUUUCGUCGACAAUCAUCAUCACAUGAAUAAAUAUUCACCUGACUGCAAAAAAGGCAAUCGGUCAAAAAAAAUCGUAGCAGACAAUUUAUCCAUGAAAAUACACAUUAUGUACACUUGAACUAUUUUGCGACCAGCGAAAAAUAUUUUUCAAUUUUUUUUAGUCAAUACCAAUAGUUAUGUCGUGCAAUUAUUGUAACAUGUUUCUCAUUGAUAAUCAAAUAAAUGGUGUGAUGAAUGAA